AUGGCCCGUAAGCGCAAGAGCGCAGCUACUGCUACUGACCAGUGCCCGCGGGAUCUCAACGAGAUCCCGUAUAUUGCUUGGAUGAACAAGCAGCUCGCAGCCGGACGCAAGCCCGCCGGCCCGUUGCCCGAAGGAACGCCUGAGGCGGGGGACACAUCUUACUACCAAGCCCCGCGUGAUGUCCCCACUCGCGGCCACCGUGCGACUGACCGGGUUGCCUCCUCGCGCAUCGUGGACGAUGUGGCAUUUGGUAACGACAACGACGACUCAGACUACAACGAGUGCAACGACGGCACCGAGGAUGACGCAGACUCUGAAGAGGAAGAGAACAAGGGCAUGUCUGACUCCGAGGAAGACGCCGACGCGGACGAGGCCGACGCAGACGAUGCCGACGGCGACGAGGAUGACGCACCUGAGGAGGCGCAGCCCGCAGCACAGACGCCUCGUUGCGGCCAUGCUACUACCGCAUCCGGAGCCAAGACCGCCGCUAAGGGCGGCGAACCACCUCGGGGCGCAGCCAAGACACACAACCUGCACCCAGUGAAGCGCAGCGUUUGGUCACCCCGCGAGAGCACCAUUUUCGUGGCGGAGAGGGAGGAGGAAGUGGGCGGCGAGGACGACGGGAGGCAGGGCAGCGGGGCCCCCAGCACUCUGACGUCGAAGCGCCAGCGGGUUGCGGAGCCAGCCGCCAUGGCCGCCGCCAUGGCCGCCGCCAAGCUUGUCUGCGAGACCAUCAAAGGUUGUCACUCGGACGCGAUGAACAGGCUCGAAGGCCUCGUCCGCGCAUGGAUGGAGCAGGACGACCGUAUUGCGCGCGAACGCCAGGCGCAGCCCGCCCCCACUAUGCCGGCCCGCAACGACAUCCCCGCGGCCGCGGACACUCAGCCCGCAACUAACGCCGCCGAAGGCGGCGACGACGGAUGGUUCCAUCACGGGCAGGCUGGUGAUGGCGCCGCUAACCCGGAUGCUGCCGAGGAGGUGUGGGUUCGCGGCGACGACGAGUAA